AUAUCUACAGAGCCCCGCCAGCAGAUGCCACUACAGACCCUUCACAUUAAAUUCUUAUCAUUCUAUUUGAAAUAUCUGUCGUAUAUGUGUGUCUGACAUUUCACAUAUCUGUCUGUUAUUUUCUCUGAAACGUUUUAAUGAUGGGAUGUAGUCCAGCUGUUCCGCCUCUGUGUGGCAGGUGUUGGAAUGGGCAGGUGUCGGUAUGUUCCUUAUGCACACGGAAGUGAGCCUGCAGCGCGUUCACUGUGCUUAACUGACAGGAGGCUUGUAACGACAGAGACUGAUCACAGCUGGAGGCUCAACAUGGCUCCGAAAGACCCUCUCCUCGGCACCCUCAAAGUGUGUGUGCUCAACCUGCAGUCCGAUGGGGAGAUCGUGACGGACAUAAACCCUCACCUCGCCUCCUGCUGUGAGCUCCUGGAGCUGGUCCUCAGGAAGGGACUCCAGCAGCCUGUUCUCAGUCUGGUACACAGAGACUACUGGCAGUGUUUUGAACAGAUAAUCCAACAAGACGCCUGUGGCAGGCUGUCCGCUCUGUCCUUGGUGGUGGAGCAGACUAGAGUCUGCAGGAAGCUGCUCUCAGCUCAGGGCCGAGGCCGCUAUCUGCUCAGACUGGCCCUCAGCCGCAAGGCUCUGCCACAGUUCAUCACACACCUGCUGCACACACCCAGAGUCCUGGAGUGGUUCAGCCCAGAACUAUCAAUCCUUAGAAAUGAAGAGUUUGUGGAGCCUUUCAUGUCGCUGCUGCUCGUCCUCUCUCACAUGGAUUUUAAGCUCAACAUGGAGAACUGCAGUUUUCUGGAUGAGAGCUGGAUCCUUCCGGUUUGUGACACUUAUGAGGUCGUGCCUUGUCGGGAGGUGGGGAUGGUUUUGAGAUAUCUCAGUGGGCGUGUCUUCGUCCUCGAGCUGAUACCUGGAAGUCAGGCCCACGCUGACAAGUUUAUCUGCCCUGGAGAUAUUAUUGAUGAGAUCAAUGGGACCUCACUGAGGAAUUCUAAAAACGGACAGGCUGGGGUUGUUUUGUCUCGGCUGAAGGGCUGCCCUCUGUCCAUCUCUGUUCUGCGAUGGAGGGCUCAGGAUGGAACAGUGUAUCGGCCCCUUAUCAAAUUCCUGCAGGCUUUGAGGAUAGAGAACCCCACCCUGCAACUUGGCCCUGUUCCUGCCCAGCAGUCUGCUAUCACAGAGAGGAAAACAUCUCCAUCACAGUGUCUCAAAGAGGGAAGGAUUGUGCAUAUAGUCCAGUUCUUGGGCAAAGCAAACAUUGGAAUGUUUGGAGGCAAGGAAGUGCUGCAGCAAGCCAUCCCUCAAGUACUGCAGAGAAACCUGCCUAGCAAGGAGGUGCUCCUAGAUCUGAAGGAGACACACCUGACCUGCACCGACAGAAGCAGUGCUCUGGAGCUGUUUGAGCAUCACUAUCCAGAGAUAUCAUGUGUAGGGAGAUACAGUCAACCAGACUACACAGUGUUUGCAUUCUGUGUGGCAGACUCUCCAGAAACCCCUCAGUCCACGGGCUUCUGCUGUGUGGCACUAAGAGCCGACACCAUCCAGGAAUGUGAAGAGAUCGUCUGUCGUAUAGCUACUGGUUUCAAGCAUACGGAGUGGUUUGUAUGACAUCCGUCAAGGCCCACCAGUUUCAUGGUUUCUUGUAAAUAAAUGUGAAGUGUAUUAAAAA